CCCCUCCCGUCCAAAAUGAACCCGUCAAUCAACAAAAUGUUGGGAAUAACCCAAACGCUGGUGGUCAACCCGACCUUGUGAUUCCAGCAUUUCUAGCUAAUGUGUUGCAACAAAUAGCCAACGCGCCAAUGUUUCAACCACCUCCACCACCGCCACCUCGAGUGAUAACCUACAAAAUGCUAAGAGAUAACGGUGCAGAUUUAUUCCUUGGGGAUCGCAUCGGUGAACCCCAGAUUGCGUGGGACUGGAUCGAGCAGACUGCCCGAGUGUUAGAAGAUCUCAAUGUACCCAUGGACAAUUAUCCCAGACUGGCUUCUCAAUUGCUUCGAAAGGAAGCCUACGCGUGGUGGAAAAGGACGGAUGAGAGUGCAGGAACCCCUAAGCCGUGGACAUGGGCACAUUUCGAAUGGGCAUUCAAGCAAGAAUAUAUUCCGAAACGAUUUAGCAAGGAAAGAUGUAAGGAAUUUGUUGAACUGGAACAGGGAGACAUGACACUCCCUGAAUAUCGUCAGAAGUUUACCAAACUCGCAAAGUUUGCACCAACCUUAGUAAAUACCCCAACCGAUCGCAUUGAAGAGUUCAGGAAGAAACUUCGACCUGACCUCAGGUCACGUGUAUCCAUUCUAACCACUGUGGAUUUCGCGGAGGCCUACGAUCUCAUUGCCAGGGUAGACAGCGACUUGAGUGCUUGCAUUGAGUAUCUGAAGACAAAUAAUGUCGGCUCAAGCACUCAUCGUCCCACCGGCUCUGCCUCAAAAUGGAAAAGGCCCUUUCAAGAACCUAGCAAUUCACAUUUCUCUAAAAAGGGAAAAUCUAUACAAACUCAGUCGAUGGCAUCCGUUGAUAAGUCCAAAAAGCGGAGGUAUCCAGCUUGGGAGCACUGUGGAAGGAAUCACCCUGGAGAAUGCUGGCUUAAGCAAGGGUUGUGUCUCGGCUGUGGAAAACCAAGACACUUUCGAAAGGAGUGCCCUACAAACCCCGGAGAACCGUAUCCACCUGCCGCUGUUGUUAGUCAAGCAGCAUCGGCACGACCCGCACCAAGUCAACACUCAACAGCGGGGUCUAAUCCAGCCAAGAAUAAGAACCAACAACAAGGACGAGCUCAUGCUCGUACAUAUGAAAUGAAGGCACGAGCUGAGGAAAACCCUGACGUCAUUCAGGGUAUGUUUUCCUUAUUUGAUUCUGUCAUGCAUGUGUUGAUAGAUCCCGGAUCAACGUUAUCUUAUCUCUGCGUGCCUAUGCCUGACAAGGCUGACAUAAUGAAAGAAAACUUAGAAAAACCUAUACUAGUGUCUAACCCGUUAGGACAUAGUAUGAG